UGGAGCGGGGCGGGGGAAAGUUUGGCACCCUGGAAGGGGUUGUCAAACUGGGGUGGGCGGGGCGCCCGAGGGUACUUUAGCCCUCCGAAUUCAGGGUCGCCCGCUGCCCGGACCUGAGGCGGUGUGCGGCCAUGGACCGCGGAGCUGCCGCGGCCCAGGGCACUGCCCCGCCUCAGGUUGGCGAGCAGCCCGCGGAGUCUCCGGAGCCGCCGCCGCCGUGGCCACCGCCGAAGCCGCCGCCGCCGCCGCCGGCGCGAGCUCCUCAGCUGCUCCACGAGCCUUCGCCGGAACCGGCACCGCAGUUCUGUCCAGAGCCUGCUCCAGAACCCGGUCCGGAGGCGACCCCAGAACCAGCCUCAGAACUAGACAUAGAACCGAUCCCAGAACCAGAUAUAGAACCGGUCCCAGAGCCCACCCCAGAACCAGCCACAGAACUAGACACAGAACCGAUCUCAGAACCAGCCACGGAACCAGCCCCCGAGCCGGCCCCAGAACCAGCCCCAGAACCGGCCCCAGAGCCGGCCCCAGAACCAGCCCCAGAUCCGGCCCCUGAGCCGAUCCCAGUACCAGCCGUAGAACCGGCCCCCGAGCCGGCCCCAGAACCAGCCACAGAACCAGCCACAGAGUCCUGCCCUGAGCCGGCUCAAGUGUCCCGUCCGGAGCCGAGCCCAGCACCACAUCUAUUGCAGUGUCCGGUGGUCGCUCCAGAGGAGGGUCUAAGGACCUCGCCAUCGCCGCGAACGCUAGUGCCAGUACCGUUGUCCAAUAUAAAGAAAAUAUUGAAGGAAGGACCUCUGCUGAAGAACUGUAACUCCUUCAAGAGGUGGAAACUCAGAUAUUUUCUGGUUCGAGGACAAAGGCUCUGCUUUGCACACCAUCCUGCGUUUGCACGCUUUGAAACAAUUGAUCUGUCUCAAGUUGCCUUGGCAGAAAGCAGCUGUAGAAACCUUUGCCACAGUUUUUGCGUGAUCACACCACAACGAAAAGUUACACUGGCUGCACCCAACCGGAAAGAUAUGGAAGAAUGGAUUAACGUCAUAAAAACCGUGCAACAGGGAGAAAUUCGUAAGAUACCUGCAGCAGAAAACAACCCUUUUCUUGUUGGAAUGCACUAUUGGUACUCAAGCCACAGUCCCCGGACCCAGCACUGCAAUGUUUGUCGAGGGACCAUUCCUGCCUUAUCUCGAAAUGUUAUCAUCUGCGAAGUGUGCAAAGUAAAGUCUCACAGAUUAUGUGCUUUAAGAGCAAGCAAAGAUUGCAAGUGGAAUACAUUAUCCAUUACUGAUGACCUCCUCAUGCCUGCAGAUGAAGUAAAAACUAUGCCUCAUCAGUGGGUAGAAGGAAACAUAUCUGUCAGUUCUCAGUGCGCAGUAUGUCAUGAGAACUGUGGCAGUUAUCAGAGACUUCAAGAUUUCCGGUGUCUCUGGUGUAAUUCUACGGUGCAUGAUGACUGCAGGAGACGGUUUUCCAAGGAAUGCUGGUUUGGAAGUCAUCGAUCAUCAGUCAUUCCUCCCACUGCCCUCAGCGACCCCAAGGGUGAUGGCCAAUUAGUAGUAUCUCCAGAUUUCUGGAAUCUUGAUUGGUCUUCAGCCUGUUCAUGCCCCCUUCUCAUCUUCAUCAACUCCAAAAGCGGCGAUCACCAAGGGAUCGUCUUCCUCCGGAAAUUCAAGCAAUACCUUAACCCGUCUCAAGUGUUUGACCUUUUGAAGGGUGGACCUGAAGCCGGACUCUGCAUGUUCAAGAACUUCGCUCGCUUUCGCAUUGUGGUUUGUGGUGGAGACGGCAGCGUGAGCUGGGUCUUAUCUCUGAUUGAUGCCUUUGGAUUACAGGAACGGUGUCAGCUGGCAGUCAUCCCUCUUGGAACCGGUAAUGAUCUGGCCCGUGUCCUUGGCUGGGGUGCAUUCUGGAACAAAAACAAAUCGCCUCUGAACAUCCUCAACAGAGUGGAGCAAGCUGGUGUGAGGAUUCUAGACAGAUGGAGUGUGAUGAUCCGGGAGACUCCCAGACAAACCCCACUGCUAAGAGGACAAGUUGAAAUGGAUGUACCCCGAUUUGAGGCUGCUGCCAUCCAACACUUAGAAUCUGCAACCACUGAGUUGAACAAAAUCCUGAAGGCCAAGUACCCAACAGAGAUGAUCAUUGCAACCAGAUUCCUGUGCUCAGCAGUAGAAGAUUUUGUAGUUGAUAUUGUAAAGGCCUGGAGCCGGAUAAAACAGAACAAUACAGCAAUAGAGUCUGUGAUUUUGAAAAGCGACUUAAUGUAUGACAAGCUCAGUGUCCUGAUUGAUAUCCUUGCUGAGGAUGCAGCAGUUGAGAAGAGUACCACAGCACAUGCAGACAGUGCCAAGGCAGAUGGAAAGCCCUUCAUCCCUCAAAUAGACCACAUAGCCAAGUGCAAGUUGGAGCUGGCCACAAAGGCCCAGAAUCUCCAAAAGUCCUUGAAACUCAUCAUAUUCCAAGUUGAACAAGGUUCUCGUCUUGGUACUCUGUCUUCUAUAUCUUCUCUCAAAAGUGAAGACCUAGAUAACCUCAAUUUGGAGCACUUAUAUUUUACACCUGAAACUAUACGCUUCAAAGAAAGGUGUGUCAUGAACAACUAUUUUGGAAUUGGACUAGAUGCUAAAAUUUCUCUGGAAUUCAACACCAGAAGAGAUGAACACCCAGGACAAUACAAUAGCCGCCUUAAGAACAAGAUGUGGUAUGGCCUUCUGGGAAGCAAGGAACUUUUUCAGCGCUCUUACAGGAAACUGGAAGAACGAGUGCACCUGGAGUGUGAUGGAGAAGCCAUCUCCUUGCCAAACCUGCAAGGCAUUGUAGUGCUCAACAUUACCAGCUAUGCUGGAGGCGUCAACUUUUGGGGAAGCAGCACAGCUACCACAGAAUAUGAGGCUCCUGCGAUAGAUGAUGGGAAGCUAGAGGUAGUGGCAAUCUUUGGUUCUGUACAGAUGGCAAUGUCCCGUAUCAUCAACCUGCAUCAUCAUCGCAUCGCCCAGUGCCGUGAGGUGAUGAUAACCAUCGAUGGUGAAGAAGGUAUCCCAGUGCAGGUGGAUGGGGAGGCCUGGGUUCAGAGGCCAGGCCUUAUCAAGAUUAGAUACAAGAACACUGCCCAGAUGCUGACAAGAGAUCGGGACUUUGAGAACUCAAUGAAAAUGUGGGAGUGCAAGCAUUCUGAAAUCCAGGCUGCCUCUCAACCCCAGCUGGACUCCCAGGAAUCUCAAGAUAGCCUCUCUGAUGAGGAGUAUGCCCAGAUGCAGCACUUAGCUCAGCUUGCAGAAAACCUCAUCAGCAGACUUACUGACCUGAGCAAGGUCCACCAGCAUGUGUCUGUCCUCAUGGAUUCUGUGAAUGCCAGUGCUAACAUCCUGAAUGAUAUAUUUUACAACAAAGACAGUAGCAAUGAGGCAGGUGCAGCUUCCUGCACUCCCAUUGAGACUCUAACCAGAAAUGACGCAGUAGAUGUUACAUUUAGUCUUAAAGGGCUCUACGAUGACACCAAAGCUUUCCUGGAUGAAAACUUGCUGAGAAAUGCUGAGUAUGAGGCCACACUGCAAACUUCCCUGGAUGCCAUGAAUAAGGAGUUUGAAAAGCUAUCUGAGAUUGACUGGAUGAAUUCAAUCCUUUCUCCAGAGGAAAAGUCUUCAGACACUGACAGUAGAAGCCUCAGAUUGAAAGUUAAGUUCCCCAAAUUGGGGAAGAAGAAGCCAGAAGAGGAAGACAAACCUAAAUCAGGCCAAGGCAUCCAGGGUUUUAUUGGAAAUUUGUGGCACCGCAGACAUCGUGAAGAUGAAGCAAAAAAUGAUGAUCCUCCAACACCAUCAGGAUCUCAACUAUAACCCUUGAAAGCUGGAAGGAGAACUCACAACAUUUAGGAUUCUACUAAAAACUCUUGAAACCUCAAUACAGGCUAGACUAAAUUAUUUCAGAACAAACAUGAGCACCACCAAGAAAGAUCCUCCAAUUCUUUACACUAAUACAUUUUUUUCCUGGACUCAAUCAGGUCUCCUUAGAGGUUUACAUUUUCUCAUUGGCCAAAGAUUCUUGUUCCGAGUUGUCUUGUUCAGUUCUCCUUCUCUUCGUGCAUCUUGAGCAACUACAGUAUUUAAUUGAACUAAGCUUUUUGUGAAUGGCCUGGGAUCUACAAAGGAUUCAAGGGAGUUCACCUUUUCAGGGAGUUGGGGAAGGUUUUUCUCUGACUGGCAGAGAAACUGUUGAUGCUAGGGAAUGAAUGAAAGAAAUACUCUCAGGGAGAUGAGGAGAGGGGUCAGGACAGCCAGGCUUGGUGGUGUUUCUCCCCCAAUCCCUGCCAAUUGCAACUUGUGACUUCAGGAGGUCUCUCCUCGCAGGCUUAUUAAGAUGAGAACUAGGUCCUGGGGGCUUGUCCACUUGCCUCUUACAAUGACCAUGUGAAAUCUUUUCUUGUGGUGACUGCUCUCUCUGCAAACCCUUUCUGUUUUUCCAUGUGCGCAUGUAUGUCUUUGCACAUGUCCAGGUGGUGCUCUGGUGGCUGGGUGGGCCCAUUGGUUGGAACUCACCCCUAUGGCAACCAUACAGGCUCCCCUCCUACUGCCUUGAUCCUAGCCUGCAUGCCUCCAUGGAGUGUUUGCCUGCAUUCUUGCUGGAUUUUUUAACUAAAUGUUUUGCUGCUGUGCUGCAGUAUAGUUAUGUAUAGAGACAUAUAAAGAUGUAUAUAUAUAAAUAUAUAUAUAUAUUUUUAAGAACUGAAAAUACAACUCGACCUCUAAAUGACCCUAUAAUUUAUUGUGCUAACCCAGGAAUCCCUUCCCACCCUGAUCCCAUCCUCCACCCCCAUUACCCUACACACACAUAUGCCUCUACCAACUGCCCUAGUUCUUGGUGGAGCUUCUAAUCUUUUGGUGCAUUUUCAGUGUCUUAGAAGUGGCUGGGCUCUACCUAUGGCCCAGCUGAUUCUGACGCCCCCUUAAAAUUCUGAGCCAGGCCACAGAAAGGGGAACAAAAACACCAAUGCCCUAGAGAAGGGGGCUAAGCUGGCAUGCUGCCUUUUUCGCUCUAUCUGUCCUGGACUCUACAUCAGCAACUGCCCCAACCUGUGCUGUCCCCUUCCCCAAUAAACACUAUAUGGAGCAACCAGGCCUUGAGCUCUGUGACUCAGAUGUCUGAGCUAGGGACUGCCUGACAAUCAAGUCACAGCCUAGGCCCUUCCCCACAAGCUCCACCUUGGCCUGCAUCUUCUGGGCAGGCUGUUGGUUAAGUCCCCAAAUCACUUUUGAAUCUCCCUUCUUGCUCCUUUCCCUUGAGUACAGAGGGACAUUCAAAGUGACCAGAAAGUACAUGGGCCUGGGAAAAUGGAGGCUAAAAGCGUCUGCUUCUCCCAUGGUUCUUCUUCCAAAUUUCUCAUGAAAACAAACCAGGCCAAAAUUGCUCCAGAUCCCAAUUAGCAUUUUUUUGAAUGCCUGCGCCCAGUCAGGCAAAUCUAAUCAAACUCCAGUAUUUCUCCAGUGGUUCUCUCAUGUCCGCCUUGUAUCCCCACCCACCCUCAACUCAUACCUUUGAGUAAGUGUCCCUUCCCACUUAUCAAGAGAAAGCCAGGAAACUGGCCUCUCCCCACUUCUCAGACAAACUUAGCGUGCUCAAUUACCUGACUCAGUCCAAUCGCUGGUUUAUCGAGGUGCACAAUCCAACUCUAAGCACUGGUUCUCAACUCUGGAACUCCACCAGCCUAGCCCACUUAAACCAGCCACCUGUGUUCCACCUCUGCAGGGGUGAGGAGAAAAAUACUAACAAGGGGAUAGUCCCCAGACAUCUGAUUGCUGUGCCAAACAAACAAAAAAGUCCUAGCUCUACAACUAGGGAAGAAAGUUAAUGGGAAAACAUUUAAAACUUAUUUAAGCAUCAGAAUAUGUUAACUUACUGUGUGUAUUUAAGUGGGGAAUGUGCUGUUGCUGUGACUUUGGCUUUCUCCGCAUUACUCUUUCUUCCCAGGAGGAGGUAUUAGAUCAAAUCAAUAAGGUCACCGUUGCAGCCCAACUUGGCUCCUCCGUGGCUGCACACAUUAACAGCUGCACACACGCUCACUCACAGAGUUGGGAACCAAGUUGCAUUUUUUUCAGAAGAGCCUUUUUCAAAAUGAAAAAUUUCCAAAUGAGCAAAUUUAAGGAAACAAAGGGAAGUCCUGGGAGAGGGUAGCUUUUACUUGGCAGUGCCUAAGCAGGGCUGUGUCUUGUAAUUAUUUUUAUCACCAAUGACAGUAAACUGUAAUAGUACUCCAUCUCUUGUGUUUACUUUGCUGACUUACUAUCCGUCUUUGUAUGUUGUAAUGCUACUGUUGCUCUGUUGUACCAUCUGGAUUCCCUUUCACCCACCCUGUCCUCCCACCCUGAAUCAGAAUGAUAUUGAAUGAAACCACUAAGAUUGGAGGCUGGAGUCAACUCCUGGAGCAGAAUUGAUAGGGGAUGAGGCCCAGGAGCAGGUGUGGCUUGCUAAAUCCCUUGGUUACCUCCUAAACUGCUUAGUUACCAGUUGUUUCCCAAAACAAGGAAGACAGCUUUGCUGAGCACCUGUUCUUGCACAUACUAGCUUGAAAACAAAGCAAGAAGUGGUGAUCUCUUUCUCAAGGGAGAUGGCCCAUCCUCUGGAAGCAUAAGCUCCUUUCAGGACUUCAUGGUUAACUACUUGCAGUAAUAUAAUUGUUCAGGUGGUGGGACCAGACACCAAAUAUCCAUCUCGAUUAUGUUCAAAGUUGACAUCAAGAGCCAAAGUUCUGGAGUUUGGUUGCAUCUUUGGAGCACUUUCUGAGGGACUGAUUGAAUGGGCAAUUCCUAGCAAGAAGAACAGUGGGGAAGGAGAAUGCCAGUGGAUUUGGACUGCCAUCAACUGCUUUUGGUGUCAAUACUACAGGAGGUCAGCAGCUAUCAGUCACCUCACCGGAAAAGGGCCUGUGUUGUGUCCAAAGGGGCAAGGGAAGAAUAAGGAAGACAUCUUCAAUUUAAUAAAUUAGGUUAAAGUUGAUCAGAAGAAACAGUUGGGGUUAAUGUCAUCUUCCCUCAGGACACAAGUAGAAGAAUUUUAGUUUCAUAAGAAGUAGAAACUAAUACCAAAGCAACCAAACCCAUUAGCACCAUUCCAUCCUGUAAAGGACCUUGAUCGGCUUUAUGGUUUGUGGAAUUGCAUUUGUCUACUUGUCUGCUAAUCUUUAAUCUAUGUUUUUUUGUUUAUUUGUUUUGUUUCCUCAGAGGCCCCUGCAAGUAAGCAGCAGGGCCAGGGGCUGAUUGGGGGAGGAAACUGGGGUAGUUAUGGGGUAACAGAAAAAAGCAGAAAGAAAAGGUCCACAAAGUGUGCCUAUUCCUCCUCCCCACAAAAUGGA